GCAAUUCCAAGCUAACAACCCCUGUACUUAUCACCCAGCUGGCGUCCACAUAUAGAUGCCUGCCGGGAUAACUAAACAAUAUCAAGACACUCCUCCCCUCUCCAAUUCUCCAAAAUAGCUUCGUGAUUGUACAUCUUUUUUACCUAGACAUUCAACAAUAUGGCUUCUCCACAGAAAAUACGGACCCCGAUAACCGAUCUUUUCAAGAUCCCCCACCCGGUGCUCCUGGCGGGCAUGAACGUUGCCGCCGGGCCAAAACUAGCAGCAGCCGUGAGCAAUGCGGGCGGCCUAGGCGUACUGGGUGGCAUCAGCUACACGCCCCAAAUGCUGCGUGAGCAGAUCGACGAGCUGAAGUCCUCUUUAAUCGACAAGAACGCUCCUUUUGGCGUAGAUUUGUUGAUCCCACAGGUCGGCGGUAAUGCGCGGAAAACAAACUACGAUUACACGAAGGGAAAGCUACCAGAGCUCGUGGACAUCAUCAUCGAGUCAGGCGCGAAACUGUUCGUUUCCGCCGUUGGCGUCCCGCCGAAGGCCGUCGUCGAGAAGCUCCACAAGGCAGGCGUGCUGUACAUGAACAUGGUCGGGCACCCCAAGCACGUCAAGCGGUGUCUUGAUCUCGGGUGCGACAUAAUCUGCGCGCAGGGCGGCGAGGGCGGCGGACACACGGGCGACGUGCCCACGACCGUGCUCAUCCCCGCCGUCGUGCAGAUAUGCAAGGGCCACACCUCCCCGCUGACCGGGAAGCCCGUGCCCGUGAUCGCCGCGGGCGGCAUCUCCAGCGGCAACCUGCUCGCCGCCGCGCUGAUGAUGGGCGCGAGCGGCGUGUGGGUCGGGACGCGGUUCAUCCUCACCGCCGAGGCCGGCGCCUCCGAGGCGCACAAGCAGGCAGUCCAGACCGCCGGGUUCGACGACAACAUCCGCACGAUCAUCUUCACGGGCCGCCCGCUGCGCGUGCGCACCAACGCCUACAUCGAGAACUGGGAGAACGAGCGCCAGCAGGAGAUCCGCGAGCUGACGUCGCAGGGCAUCAUCCCGCACGAGUCCGACCUGGACAAAGCGACCGAGGCGGAGAACUCGCCCGAGAAGGCGAGGAAGGAGGGCCAGUAUGAUGUCGAGACGCUGUUGGAUCUGGGACAGCCGUUCCUGAUGGGUAAGUGUGCGGCGCUGGUUACGGAGAACAAGACGGCGAGGGAGGUGGUGGAUGAGUUUGUCGAUGAUGCGGUGACGGAGAUUAGGAGGGGUGGGAGUUUCUUGGUCGGUAAGCUGUAGGUGUGAGCGAGACAGAUGUUUUGUAUGAGGUUGCGGAGGCUAGACGCGCAUAUAUACCUCUUUUUUUCUUGCAUCGAUAUCCUUGUAGAUAUAAGGUCAGUUUACAACUAUGUGUGGGGACAUUAAUACAUAUGAAAUAUUUGCGAUAUCUCUUA